UUCAGAAAUAAUUGUACAAGAUGUUGAAGUUGCAGUUCUGGCUAGUGCAAGCUUUGGUUAUUUUCCUCACUGCUGAAUCUUUAGGUGAACUUCUGGAGCCAUGUGGUUAUAUCAGCCCUGAGUCUCCAGUUGUACAACGUGGUUCAAAUUUCACUGCAGUUUGUGUGCUGAAAGAAAAGUGUAUGGACUAUUUUCAUGUAAAUGCUAGUUAUAUUGUCUGGAAAACAAACCAUUUUGCUGUUCCUAAAGAACAAUAUGCCAUUGUAAACAGAACAGCAUCUAGCGUCACCUUUACAAAUGUGGGUUCACUGAACGUUCAGCUUACGUGCAACAUUCUUACCUAUGGGCAGAUUGAGCAGAAUGUCUAUGGAAUCAACAUCCUUUCAGGCU